CAGAAAAUACAGAAAUGGCUUAACGUUGUUGAUCCAACCACCAAUUAUUCAACUGCACUCGCGCUUCGCGAACCCGGUACGGGGAAUUGGCUCCUCCAGGGACGCGAGUAUAUCGAUUGGAAGGAACGCAGAGGAGGGGUUCUCUGGCUUCACGGUAUACGUAAGUUUACCGACGAGUGAAAUCUUAUGUGUCUAAGAAUGUCAUUAAUAUUUGUCUCUUGUAGCCGGAUGUGGCAAAAGUGUCUUAAGGUGCGAAUUCAACCGGGUAUCCGAAGGUGUAAUAUGAUUUCUCGAUUGCUAACUCUGGCAUUAGCGCCACUGCCAUUGAGGAUGUUGAAAAUGUGUGCAAGUCCAACGGCGAUCACGCAUUAGCAUAUUUCUACUUUACUUUUAGUGACUCGGAGAAGCAAAAUUUGGAGAAUAUGCUUCUAUCCAUCAUUGGCCAACUUCCAAAAAGGCCUUCGGAGUUGGAUUUACCGGCCGAGGUUGUAGAUCUGUACAACAGCACCGGGGCAAUUCGAAAGUCGGCGGGUACCAAGGCUCUGAAAGGUGUAUUGUCACGGAUUAUAAAGGGUUUCAAGAAGACAUUUAUCAUUUUAGAUGCCUUGGACGAGUUCCCGAAGGCCAUGCGCGGGAGCCUCCUAUCUUGGAUUGGCGAGCUCAGGGCAGAUCAUAAUGAGGGAUCACUUUCGAUUCUUGUCACUAGCCGUCCCGAGGGCGAUAUAGUAGGGUCACUGGAACGACUUGACCCUUUUGCAAUAUCACUACAAUCCAGCAUCAUCGAUCCGGAUAUCCGCGCAUAUGUGCGGAACUCUCUAGCAGGAAAGGAUGGUUUCCGGGAAUUUACGCAAGGAAUCAAGGAUGAGAUAGAGGAAAAGCUUGUUUCGGGUUCACAGGGAAU